AUGGCUUGGGAGAUAAAGAAGAAUCCAACAACAUGGAUCUUUGUUUUUGUUAGUGGUGGAUACGUUGUGUUUGGAAAUCGUGACAAAGCAACAACAAGCACAUCUGAAUACUGCUCGAUAGAGGACUUUAUCAUCAAGGGUACUCUGCAACAAUCAAUCAUUCAGGACUUUGGACAAGCUACUUUUAAAGAGAUUUACGAUAAAGUACUAAAGAUUCAUUCAUUAAGAAAUCAAAAGACAUCAUCGCCACAGGCCUCUUAUCAUAGUCACUAUAGUAACAACAACAACAGCAACAACAACAACAACAACAAUGAUUGGACAAUUAAUGUAUUCAAAUCAAUAUUACUGCAUAUGCAUUGUAAUAGUGUUAAUACAAACAAAUAA